GGCCGGGCACCCUCGGGCGGGUGUACGAGGCUCCUGACUCGCGGAUUGGAGCCCCUCGCCCCGGAGAGAUCUGUCGGGCGGGGCGCCGUGCGACGGCAGCCGCUCCUUGCUCCGCUCCGCGCCUGCGCGCCCGCGGCCCCGCCCCGGAGCCGCUGCUGCCCCGGGCGGGCGGAAGGAGCUGGGCCGGGCCCGGAGCCGCCGGCCUGCCGAGGGUGGCAGUGAGCGGCUGGGGCUGCGGCCGCCGUGCCCACAGACAGCACCGCUGCCAGCGAACCUGCACCCGCACUGCGGGUCUGUUCUAGACGUAACUGUCUGAUUUUAAACAAUGAACAGCGUUGCGAAAAGCCUUCUGAAAUCAGUGAAACACGGCCGAGCUGCGUGGCUGAGAAGCAGCUCGGCUCACUCUGGGAAACAGCAUCUUGGGAAACUAGUCCUGGGAAUAGAGACGAGCUGCGAUGACACUGGCGCUGCUGUGGUGGACGAUGCCGGCAACAUUCUGGGAGAAGCGCUGCACUCUCAGAAGAACGUCCACUUACAAGCAGGUGGAAUAAUUCCUGUGGUGGCACAGCAGCUUCACAGAGAAAACAUUGAGCGAGUUGUAAAAGAGGCGCUUCACGUCAGUGGAGUUUCUGUACGUGAACUUGCAGCUAUCGCGACUACGGUAAAGCCAGGACUUGCGCUAAGCCUGGGAGUGGGCCUGCAGUACAGCCUGAACCUGGUGAAGGAGCACCGAAAGCCGUUCAUCCCCAUCCACCACAUGGAGGCUCAUGCGCUGACCGUCAGACUCACCCAUCCUGUGGAAUUUCCCUUCUUAGUUCUUUUACUCUCUGGAGGUCACUGCAUCUUGGCAGUAGCACAAGGGGUUUCAGAUUUCCUUCUGCUUGGACAGUCCCUGGAUAUAGCGCCGGGGGACAUGCUGGAUAAGGUAGCCAGAAGACUGUCUUUAAGAAAGCAUGUGGAGUGUCACAGCAUGGCUGGCGGGAAAGCAAUAGAGCACUUGGCUCAGUCGGGAAACCGGCACCAGCACACGUUCAGACUUCCCAUGCAACAGUAUCGGAACUGUGAUUUUUCUUUUUCUGGACUUCAGUGCCUUGUCAAUAAAGCCAUUAUACAAAAAGAAAAAGAAGAAGGUAUUCAAGAAGGUGAGAUCCUAUCCUGUGUUAAGGAUAUUGCUGCUGCUGUACAGCAUGCGGUGGCUGUUCACAUUAUCCAGCGGACAUACCGAGCUAUGCUGUUCUGCACAAAAAAUAGCAUAUUAUCAUCAAAAAAUGCUACUUUGGUCGUAUCAGGAGGAGUUGCAAGUAAUCAGUAUAUACGAAAAGGGCUACAGACUUUGGCAGAUGUAAAUGAUUUUGCUUUUCUGUGUCCUCCUCCAAGACUCUGCACUGAUAAUGGCGUUAUGAUUGCAUGGAAUGGUAUUGAACGGUUACGUGCAGGACUUGGUGUUUUACACAGUACCGACGGCGUCCGCUAUGAACCAAAAGCUCCCCUUGGAAUUGAUAUUUCAAAAAGAGUUGAAGAAGAUUCCAUCAAGGUGCCAAAACUAAAAAAGAAGAUACGAUGACCCUGCCCAGCAGUAUCUGUACACAUCUGGCUCACUGAUUUCAACAUAGAUGAAAGACUGGAAUUUGUGAAACUAACAGUAAGCAAAACCUUUUUUCCUCCAUAUUAUACCUCACCUGUCAAUUAUGCUGGUUUUUGGUGCUGGUCAUACCUUUCCUGGGGUCAACAAGCCAGUCAGCCUUGCUGCUCAAAAGUAUCUCGCUGCCUGCAAACUCUCUGAACAUUGAGGAUGAAAUCGCUGAUAAAAUCCAACACAGAUUUCCCAUUGGGGGAACUGGAGGUCGAGUGGUGCCAAUAUGUCCCAUGCCCCUCAAAACUACCCUUGUUUGGACCAGAAAUCUCCUUGCAUGCUACUAAAAAUACAAUUAACAGACCACUGUUAUGUCUCUCUCAUAUCCACUAUGUGUUUGAGUCUAUACAGCAAAUAUUAUUAUAUUUUUUAAUUAAAAAUACCUAAAGCUUUUCCAAAAGAAGCACAUGGGAGCAAUGCCCCAAGUUAUUAUAUAAAAGAUUUUCUGAAAUAUUUAGGUGGCAAUACCUUGUAACAAGGAAUUGGAAAUGCUGUCAUGACAGAUUUCUGGUCUAUCUCAAUAAAACACAUAAAACAGAUUACAGUUGAUAAAUCUGUGCUCAAUGUGUAGUUAUUGAUGGCCUUUUGAUAAACUGAUUAUAGAGCAUACAAGGUCUUGAAAGGUUUGUUUCACUGUCUCAUUCUGUACAUUUUUAAAAUUGUGGCUGAAAACAGAGCACAGAAGCAAGCAGCGAAAUUGCAGCUUAUACCGUUUUGAAAGCAGCUGCUAACUUCUGAAAAACUACUUACAAUCAUCUUUGGUUUAAAAAAAAAUAAAAUUCAGUAGACUCGUACACAUAAAGACUAUGAAAUAUAAAAUACCAACUAGAAAUAAUAGGGUAGAUUUCUGGAACUAUAAUGGAAUCAAAUUUAAUAUGAAUCAACUAUAUAGUGCUAAAAGAGGCAUGUAUUUGGUCUUUAUUGUAGGAAUAACACAUAAGAGACAAGAAAUACAAGGUUGGGUUUUCUUACUGCAGUAAGAGGCUGACUGAAACAAUGAAGGUGAUACACUGAAGAACUCCCAGUCUAUUAAAAUGUGUUAUAAAACCAGUGUUCAGUUGUUCUUCAGUGCAGGAGGGAUUAAAAUAUUUAGCUUAAUUUGCAGAAAAGGCUUAAAAAAAUGUUAGGAAAAGCUUUCUAAUUUUAAGGAAGGGAAGUAAGGGAGUAUGUUACCUAUUGAAACGGAUUGCUCAGUCACUGCAUGCUAGGUAUUAAAUACUUCAUUCUUUACUCAAAUCAAGGAUGUAAACGAGAUGACCUCUGGAGAUCCCUGCAGCCCUACACUGCCAUAAUGUUCACAAUAUAUAUGCCUUGUCCUCACUGCGUAUUAACCUUCUGGAUAUUAUUAAAACCUAUAGAAUGCAAUAA